AUUUGUUAUGCCAUUUGUGAGAGCAACCUCUAAGGUUUAUCUUGCUUUUAUAUUUCUCUGCAUACUUUAUUAUCACUAUUAUGGCCUUCAGUUCUGGAUAACCCAAGUUGAGCCUGAAAUGUGUAAUAGAGAAGACAUAAGCCUGAAAUCUAUCAGAUUCCACAAUGCCAAGCAUCUAGAUUUCACUACAAGAUUCACAUCUCACCUUUAUGAUACGCUUUUCACAUCAGAUGAUUCUGAAAUAGAUUUCCAUUGAAACACAAGGUUCAAGUAUACUGAUCUAGUGAAUGAAAUUUUAAUGAAGGAUGAAAGUGAAGAUCUUUUGACAUCAGAAAUAGACCAUCCUUCGUUCCUGUCUUACAAUUUUGAUCAAUAUGAAGGCUCUGGAUUUAUCAAAUCAAAAUUAUUCGAAAUGAUCAAGACUUUCAUUGGUCAGAGAGUUACUAUAAAGUCUGAGUUUUACCAAAAGAAUAGCACAGAUGGCAAGACUGAGAGGUUUCUUUCUCAUCACAUCUAUUCAAACGAUCAAUAUUGGUGGAGAAAUGAUCCAUUGAUAGUUGUCUCAAAAUGAUCUGAAAAAGGAUGCACUUAUGGAGAAUCAUACCAUGCCAUAAAUUCAUCCUCUCUAAGUAAAGAAGUUAUGCAUGCAUCUGUCGAGAUGGAAAAGACAGAAGGCUUUGUCAGUUUUAAAAACUUGACUAUUCCUGUUGUUCUAAAUAGUAACCUUAAAUUAGUGAUGAAGGGCCAGAGAGUAUUAGAUAGCAAGGUAUACUCUAAGAUUGGUACAAAGCUAAAUCUUACUGUAUAUGAUUACGAGACAUAUGAAAACGUUGAUCCUGCUCGUGCUGAUAUUAUUCUGAGUAUUGCAGAAGGAGAAAUAAUGAAUUACACGUCUUUAUUCUAUUUCUCAUUUAUCUGGAUAUGAAUUGCUUUAAUUCCAAACUAUCCAAGAAAUUUCAUUAGAAGCCCAAGUUUUAAUUCAUUUAUCCAAAUAUUGAACGUUAAAAAUAUCUCAGAUAGAUAUAAAUAUGUAAGACACUCGAAGAUACAGUUUGAUCAGAAAGACAUUCAGAGCUUUUAGUAAUAGUUUGACAGUCAUUAGUAUGUUGAUUAUUGGCCUUAAGGUAAACAGCAUUAUCACUCAAAGCUAUUGGCAAUCUAUUUUAGUUAUGUGGCUACUCAGUAUGCUUUAUACAAAAAGUGUUUCAA